AUGCUUGCCUCCGCCGUCUCUACCGCUCCACUUGAACUUAUGCGCCAGUUCAACGCUUUACAAUCAACUAGGGUACAGACAUAUCGUGACUUUGAAAGAGGUUUUGAUGACUAUAUUACCGAGGCGAAAACACCAGCAGAGUAUGAACGACUUGUUGAAGAUAUCACGCAAAAAUUUGCGUCCAUUUCGCGGGACAUACGGGCAGUCGAACAACGCUUGCGAGAUCAAGAUCAAAGUGAGUGGGCCACGAUGAUACGGGAGAUCCAAGAUUUGGAGAAAAUGAAACUACGAGCGACGGUCAACUACCAGAUGAACAAACUUGAAUCGGUAUUUGGAGAAAGAGAUUACCAGGGUGAUCUGGAGCAAUCCCAAAAAAUGAUAGAGAAGAUUACGCUUGAGAUUGUUGACAAGCUAUUCGCUCUGCGACAUGACAUGGCGGAACUGUUAGAAAGUUAA